AUGGUUGGAAGUAUGAUUGUUAAUACCCCAACUCUAGGUCCGGUAACCACUUCAUGGGCGUGUUUGAAUUGUCCACUUACUAUUUUCGGUAAGAGUUUUGGGAUGGAUUUAGUAUGUCUAGCUUUUAGAAAUAUCGAUUUUAUCCUUGGAAUGAACUGGCUGGAGUUCAACCGUGGUAUUCUCAACUGCCACGACAAGACGGUGUCAUUUCCAGAUUUUGAUGCAAGUGAUAAGCUGUUUGUGUCUGCUAAGCAAGUGGAUGAUUCCGUGAAGGAUGAGGCCGAAGUGUUUAUGUUACUAGCUUCGAUGAAGGUUGGGAAAAAAGUUGUGAUUGGGGAACUACCAAUGUUGUGUAAUUUUUCAGAAGUGUUUCUAGAUGAUAUCAGUGAUUUUUCACCAGAGCGAGAAGUUGAGUUCGCCAUAGACUUAGUACCUAGUACUAGUUCUGUGUCGAUGGAUCCUUAUAGGAUAUUUGCUUCAGAGUUGAGUGAGUUGAAGAAGAAAAUAGAAGAGUUUCUUGAGAAAAAGUUUGUUCAAAUGAGUGUUUUUCCGUGGGGUGCAUCGAUGUUGCUAGUCAAGAAGAAAGAUGGUAGCAUGAGGUUAUAUGUUAAUUAUAGAUAA